GCUGGGCUUCUACUGGGUCGUCGCUUCCCUGAUUCUGCCUCCCACCGUGGUUCCGCCUCUCCCGGAGCGGAGGCGGCCUUCUGGGGUCGGCGGUGGCCCUGCUGACCGCUCCUCCACAGCGCAGACCUGACGGGAUCUUCAGCAGCUCGGCUGCCACGUCUUAAAGAAUGCAAAAAUUAUAAAGGCCCUCAGCAUUACAAGUAGACUAGAAGGAAGUGGAAGAAAAAAAGAAUCUAAAGAUGAAGGCAUUUCAGAACAUCUGCAGGCAGCUGAGAAGUUCAAAGGGGUUUUCUAUAGAACCAGCCCCCCAUGUGGUUUUCUCCACUUCCUCUUCUUUGUGUGGCCGGAAGAAAAAAGUGAACCCUUAUGGAGAAGUGGACCAAGAAAAGUACUCUGAUUUGGUAAAGUCUGUCUUGUCAUUCAGAGGCCAAGCUCAGACUCCAGAAUCAUUGUUCGAGGAAGAUGCUUUACUCUAUGGACCUGUGAGUAAGUGUAAGGCCCCAAAGCAAGAUGAGGAAGCAGGAGUUCCACGAAACUGGUUUCCUCUCUUCAAUCCAGAGAAAAGCAUAAAACCAAACGUCACAAGUGAUCCUGCAAUUCCUCUGAAAAUCCCUCUGCAAAGGGGUAUGAUACCAAGUGUGACCCGAGUCCUUCAGCAGACCAUGACAGCAGAACAGAUUUUCUACUUGGAGAGAUGGAAACAGCGGAUGAUUCUGGAACUGGGAGAGGAUGGCUUCGCAGAAUAUACUUCAAACAUGUUUUUACAAGGGAAACAGUUUCAUGAAGCCUUGGAAAGCAUACUUUCACCUCAGGGGACCUUAAAAAACAGAGAUGAAAAUCUCGAAUCUGGCUACAUCCAAAGUGUCCAGCAUGUUUUGAAAGAUGUCAGUGGAGUGCGAGCUCUUGAAAGUGCUGUUCAGCAUGAGGCCCUAAAGUAUGUAGGUCUGCUGGACUGUGUGGCUGAUUAUCAGGGCAAGCUGUGUGUGAUUGAUUGGAAGACGUCGGAGAAGCCAAAACCUUUUAUCCGGAAUACGUUUGACAACCCGCUGCAAGUCGUGGCCUAUGUUGGUGCCAUAAACCACGAUGCCAACUACAGCUUUCAGGUUCGGUGUGGCUUGAUCGUGGUGGCCUACAAAGACGGGUCCCCUGCCCACCCGCACUUCAUGGACGCUGAGCUCUGUUCGCAGUACUGGGCGAAGUGGCUCCUUCGACUGGAAGAGUAUACAAAGAAGGAAAAGAACCAGAAUAUUCAGAAGCCAGAUUAGGGAGCAGGAUGCUGCGUACAGGGUCUGAGAGCUACCUUAACACUAGCAGGACUACUCAUUUGUUGAAAUUUACCGCAACCACAGAGACGAAGCUGGGAAACUUAAAGUUGAAGAGCCGGGCUUCCCCACGGGAAAGAGCGGCUGUGCUACCGCCGACCAGCAUGGCCUGAAAAGAGGGGCCGGCGGGAUUGGCACGGCGUUGGUCGCUGUGGGACCCCCACCCCCAGCGCCCCUGUAGACCUUUCUGUGUCCUGGGCAGGACGCCCAGUCCUCGCACUGAGAAAUGAAGGGUGGUGAGGCUUGGUGUGCCGCACGGCUACCCAGGGCGCACGGGAGGGAGGGGGCCCCGCGCCCCUAGGUGUGUGUGGAGGGAGAACGUCGCCCACUGCCAACCAGCUUCCUAAAACGUGUUUCAUAUAUUGGGGUCUCUACAUUUCACGUGGGGAAAAGGCUUCCCUUUAACAUUUUUGAAAAAUAUGAUUCCUUCCUUAGCUUCAAGUAAAUGCUGCUCUCUGGAAAGAUGGGGCGUGUUCACUGUAUCACUGGCAAGACCCCUUGGCCUCCCACCAUGAACCCCCAGAAGGAGCCAGGCUCCAUCUGAGAAUUGUAAAUGUAGGUGUUUUGGUAGCUGUAUUCUGGUUUGAGUCAAGGAAUCAUGUACACGGAGCAAAUGUAUUGUUUAGGGGAUUUUUCAGCUCUGGGGAACAAUAAUAACAUCUGUUUUCUGUGUUUGGUAAGUAAUGAAAACGAUUAGUGUCACUGGGCUCGGGAAACAUAAAUAAAGGCCCACUGCAGCCCUGGGGGAGGCUCCCUGUUCUACGCAGUAGGUUAGCAUUUAAGUUACUGCUGCUGCCUUAAAAUAGUAGGGUGCGACAACCACUUUUUUUUCCUUUCAUUAGCCAUUAAUUAUAAGAAAUAAAAUACAAGAUGUGAGUGAAGUAACGAG